AUGAGUGAGAGGGUGUAUAUGAAAAAAGAAAGGCCAAAAAAGGAAGAAUUAUACAGGAGGAUGCAUAGAAUCCAAACAGGUGGAGGACCAGCAAAUCCAAAGAAAGAAGAUCCUCUACAUUCCAAAAUCUUAUUGUUAAUUAAAACAAGUGCUGUUGGGCUUUUCAACGAUUUUGACAGUGACAGUGUUGUCCCAGAUAGCUUAGAAAGGCAUAAUUUUGCUGAGGCUCAAGUUAUUUUGCCAGAGGAGCCAGAAUUAUGUAAUAAAGAUCUUGAGACUGACAUUGAUGAAAUUCAAAAGACUGGGAUCGACUCGAAUGAAGGAUUAAUGCAGGUAAAUUAG